AUGGUUGCUGGGCGGCUGCUUCGCGAGCCGCGGUCAGACGAGCGCCAAAAUCACACAGCAAAACCCCCGCCGCCGCCACCGUCCAGCCACGGCUGUCCCGGAAGGGGGUCCGGACCUCCUGCUCGACGCCGCCCACCCCCGGACCGCACCCGGCCGCGGGGCUGUGAGGGCCGGCCGCCCCGACGCCGCGGAGGCGAGCUGCGGACCCGGCCCCGGGGCUGUGAGGGCCGGCCGCCCCGACGCCGCGGAGGCGAGCUGCGGACCCGGCCCCGGGGCUGUGAGGGCCGGCCGCCCCGACGCCGCGGAGGCGAGCUGCGGACCCGGCCGCGGGGCUGUGAGGGCCGGCCGCCCCGACGCCGCGGAGGCGAGCUGCGGACCCGGCCCCGGGGCUGUGAGGGCCGGCCGCCCCGACGCCGCGGAGGCGAGCGCAGCUCGGAGGGGCGUCCCUGCGGCCCGAGGCGCGAGGCCCGGCCAGCUGCCCGCGGGGGGCUCCCCGGCUGGAAGGAGCGCAAGUCCACGGAGCGGGAUGUAAAGCGAGGCGCUCGCUCCGCCCUGCGCGCCCUGGGGCCGGUGCACCCCCAGCCCCUGCCGUGGGGACGCACACCUGGAGAAGGUUCUGGAAGCGCGGCCGGCCGGGCAUGCGCAGGGCGCGAGCCCCGGCGGGAAGAGGCCCGGGAGGCCCGGCCGGCCGACGACGCGGGACCCGGGCGCGCGGCCCGGAGCCCCUUCGCCCUCCGCUGA